AUGUCGAUAUUACGAUUAUCUACAUUACUAAUUCUCAGUUUUACUUGUGUUUGUAUGUUGAAUUGUCUCCAGAAAUAUGAGAGCAACACCGAAGGUCAAACCCUGGAGAUUAACCUUAACAUCUCGGGUGGAGUUACUGGAGACAACUGUCCAAACGAAUACCUAAAUCAUAAGAGACGUCUGACAGAACCGAGGGAAGGCCACCCAUGGUUUACGAGAACAACAACGAGAAGGAGGACCGGUGUCAGUAGACCUCUCUUCAGAACAGACUUGGAUGAAGAAAUCACUGAAAAUAAAUCGCCUCCAUCAAACCGUAUUGGUGAAACAACCAGGGCCGGGAAUAAAACUUAUACUAACCGUGGGUGGAAUAUCUCACACUUCAAGUCUGUAGCUCUCUCGGUCUAUCAUGAUGCGAUUCAAAUCAUCACUGACGUCAAAUGCAAGAUCCACGAUCACUUUGCUAUUUUCGGAGACAAUUUUCGUGGACUGCUUAUUGACUGCUACGACAAAGUUCAGACGAAAAAAGCAGUAAUAGCUCAUAAAUUUUUAGAGGCGAUUGAAGGCAGCAAGAAGUCUGCAGAAAGAGCAUUCAGGUCAUUCAAGGACGGUCUUGUGGAACACAUUGACAAUGGCAUCGCUCGAGUGCGCCUCUACUUCGUUCCUGAGUCUCCCGUGGAACGAAAGUGCAAAGGAUAUUCCAACUGGUACGCAAAGAGCGCGUGCACGCUUUUGUUCCAAGCUGCUGAAUACCCUCCACAACUUGUCUCCACUCUGGCUGAAGGAUACGACAGUUUGUUCGAAGUUACCAUAAGGCUCUUCGUGCGUGAGACGCACAAAGAUAAGGUCUGCAAAGGCUACGACACCGUGCCGUUCCUUCGGAAAGUCUGUGAGACAGGAUUUGAUGUGGCGUCAAAGGCGAACGAAAUCCUAGAGAACGCCCAAGAAUUCCUCAGUAAAUGUAUUGCACAGCCAGCCUUGGACUUUACCCAGAAGGUCAUCGCAUCUAUAACAGACUGUGUAUGGAAAGUUAAAGAGGGGUUUGCAAGAGCCUGCCACAAUGGGAUGAACCUGGGAAAUAAAAUUACAACUUACCUGUAUCAGGGCUUGGACGUCGAAGCGGCUAAAGCACUUCUCUAUUCUGUGUUGAAGAAGGCUGCGUACAAAGUCCAUGACGUCUACGUACGUCUUCCCCGCUUCAAUGGUGAUCCCAUACAUGAUGGGCUGGUGGUUGUAGCCUGGGUGGUGUGUGCCAUAGCCCAGGGUUUGGUGGUCUACUGGGCCAGGAGGAAGAUCAGUCUAGAUAACAACGUAAGAAAGGCCCGUCAAAUGCGAGUUCGUUUCUCCCAUCCAAUCCCACCAGAGGAAUACAAUGACAAGAUUGCGAGACUUAUUAGAGAGCAGGAGGAGGAGGAAGAUGCAGAAUGCGGAGAAGCAGCAUUACCCGAUGAAACCGAAAGCCUUCAAAAUGUAAAUGUCACCUCUGGUAUUACUGACAACGAUGACAAGGACGGGGCCAACCCAGUCGAUGACCUAGGCAACGAUUCCGGCGUGUGGGCAGACCUGUCUUUAGGACGGAUCGAGGAGGAGGAGGAGGAGGCGGCACCAACGGUAUCAGCACCCUCUGUGAUCAAAGAAGAGCCAAGGGCCGUAAAAGAGAAGCAGUCCCGCCUGCCUUCUAAACUUGAGGAUAACGCACCGUUGCUGGACCUGAAAGAUGGGACCGCCGUGGAGAAGAAAAAGGUGCAGAUUGAGGACACACAAGAUGAAGAACAAAACGCGUCAGGAACAACUUAUAGAGAGGCGCUAGAAAGCUCCACUGAUGCAGCAAAGGACAGCGAAAGAGAGAUGCAAAAGUCAGCUUCCUCUGCAAUUAUCCAGGAGCCACAGGGCCGACCCGAACCAGAUGCUGCAUCUCAGAUGGAUAAGAACAACAAUGAAACAGAAAGUGACGGCAGUGAACGCCUCAUUGAGGAAAGCAAAGAGCCUCCGAUGAGCUGUUUCCCGGAUGUCAACACGGAUGAGAUCUCCGAGGCACUGAAGCAAACAGAUUCACGUGACCCCCCGACUCCUCAGCCAACCGAGGCCAACCACGGGGGCGGCGGGUGGUGGUCCAGAAUCGGCCAUGCCGCUUGGGUUGUUUUCAGAUACAUUUUGGAGCAUCAAGAGCUUUUCUGAUUUUGUUUUGACUGCCGUUUUGAAAUGGUCAUUUCGUUUUGUCACUUUCAACUUACCGUCAUACCUUAAUGGCUUAGAUUUAGCAGAAUAAAUCAUAUUCAAGAAGGAAUCAUGUACAGAAAUUUACCAUGAACAUUUACUUUAAAGCUCUGAGAAAGUAUGACAAGUUUAACUACCUGAUUUUUACAGUAAAACCCUGGAGAAAUGUUUUUGCUUCAUGCUUGAGAACCAUUGUAUUCUGAAGUCCGAAAU